CACACUGAAUGAAGUGGACCUAAACUUUAGCACCAUAGAAAAGACCUUUCUUAGACGUGUGUUCAGGAGCAACACCAUGAUCAAAGUGAUGAGUUUUUCUUCUGGUGUGAGGACGCGGCAUGUUUUUGGCUGGGUUUCCAUCAUCUGGUUCACUUCAGGAGUCAGCAUUGCUGUCAGUAAUGGUUUGGAGCUACAGACCAUUUCCCAAGUGGCUGCACAGUGUGGAAAAAAUGUGACACUGACCUGUGAGGCCACAUCAUCAGAAAAAUUGGAUAUUCAAUUAUUUUCCUGGCUGGCUAUAAACAAAACACAAUUCAGCGGAUGUCAAUAUCAACACAAACAACAUGACCCCCAAGUUCUGUGUGAAAGCAUGGCUGAGACUACCCACCAUAGACUCACUCUGACUCUCCUCAACGUGAUGCCGACCAACCAGGGAAGAUACCUCUGCAAACUACGAACCACUCAGGGAGUUAAAUCUGACAAAACGGAUGUUACAGUAGAAGACUGCUUUGGGAGUUCUGGUUCCUCCAUCAAUAACUCUCAUGCUGAGUGCUGGUUCAAGGGAGUUUACCCCAUUGGCACCGUCCACUGGUUCCAGGAAGAUGUUGACUUAACGGACUCUGCCAGCACACAGGAAGAGCAGGACCAGCAUGAAUUGUACAAUAUCCUGAGUACAAUAGAUGUACAGAAAGGAAACCCGAGCAAGCCUUAUAACUGCUCACUGUGGAUGCCUUCUGCCACAAAGUAUAUCUCCACUCGAUACCUAGAGAUACCUACGUUUAGGGGACUAGGGUCAUCGGGAAGCAUGGUCAAACUGCAGUGGUUCUGUAUGAUUUUGGAAAUCAUGAUUGUGAAAUUUAUGACAUAAAUGAAACAAACAGGUCAGGUUUUGAUUUCUGGUUUGUCUCCAGAUUGUAUUUGGAAAUGUUGAAAUGUGAAAAAACAAAAACAGAAAUCAGCCAAUGAUCGAGGCAAGAUAUUUUUAUGGUUUAGAUGCGUUAGACUAUGUUUUAUCCAACCUAAUGCAUGCUGUUUGUAUGAGUUGUUGUAGAAAGCUGCUGUUGAGUGGGUAAGUUCGGUUUUUAACAUGUCUGUCUAUUUUCUUGCAUUUGAGAGCCAAUGGGAAAGUGUCUUCUCUGGGAAGACAGGAGUUUGUGUUUUCAUGCUCCUAAAAAACAGAAUGUGUCACUGAUUCGUAACUGGAGAGGAGGAAGUCAGCCGACUAACUGUUUGGUUUGACUCUAAAUCUGAAAGUGUAUUUUGACGCAAAGGCACUUUAAAUACAAACUUCCCCACUUGACAGCAGCACAGCAUUCAUCAUGUUUUAACAAAGCUUUCUAAGAGA